AUGGUGGUGGUGGUGGGUACAGGAGUCGCCGUAGCGGAUGUUGAGGCAGUGGAGGAGGAGGAGGAGGAGGAGGAGGAAGAAGAAGAAGAAGAGGAGGAGGAGGAGGAGGAGGAGGAGGAGGAGGAUUGUGGUGGGGGUUCGGGAAUACAGUCAAUGUUAGUCAUCGGUUUGGAGGAUGAGGCAGAGUUGGACGAGGAUAGAGCAGCUGAUGCUGCAAUCGGUAACAAGAUGUCCUACAAGACCGGCUGGUGCCCGGAACGUCCGCUGACAGCGUAGGCAGAUCGUAGGUGGUUGAGCGCUGGCGUUGCGAGGUGGGCGCAGUUGGGAUUUGCGUGUCAAGCGUUUGGCUUUGGCGGCGUUAAAAUGCAGCAACAUACAACGUUUGGGGUUGCCCGUAGUUCGAAAACCAGAAUAUGUGUUAUGACCGAAUCUUCUCCUGGCCAAAAAAUUCUUCCUCUGCAAUGGAGAGCCAACAGUCCACCAAACGAAUUCCUUUCAGCUGCGUUUUUCGCGGGGUAUUGCAAAUGCUCGUGUACGCGUUUUCCUUCCGUGGACACCGACACCCUAACAACGCAGGACAUGCCGGGAAGACGUUCCUCCAAUCACCUGACGCUUUGACAAACGAUUUCACAAGCUGACUCCCAUCUUCCGCGAGGUACUGCGAAUUCAUCUUAACAGAGUUUUGCCCAACCUAUCUAAAAAUGGCGUUGUCAUUUGCAGACUUUGAGGAAUUUCCCUACCGCAAGUUCACAGAAAGACAAGGUCUGUUCCCAAUCUUGAGAGGUAUUUAAAUCUGAGAACAAGUAUGACGUGUGUUUUAGUCCUUAAUAGUGACGAGCGCUGUGAAAUUUCUUGCAUCUUCGGUAAUUCCAACAGUCCCAUCCACAAGUUUAAUCGGUUUCCUUUCACCAUGACCUAGUCGAGCUGUUUUAUGUUUACAGGUUGAAGUCAAGAGCUCAGACGGAUAAUCGAUGCAUGGAACAAGAAAUGUAUCCCACUGGUAGCUAGGAUUCACUCUCGAAUCCACCACCAUCGACGCCAUCGUAUGGGUGAGGAGAAGUGCAGAGGCUUCCGUGGACGCGAUACCAAGCGUUAGUUGAAAUCUUCAGUCCCCGCAUUAGUUUGAAAUAUUCACAUCUGAUGCACGAUUGAUCUGUCACUCAUACCUGCACACCAGCUAAAGGCUGUACUCCCUCAGUUGCGCUAUUUCAAUGAAGUGUUAAUUACUAAUCUUCUAGUAACCUACGUAGCCGCCUCGAUGACGUGUUCCGCAAGUUCAUCUGGCUCGGUAAAGCCAUUGGUGUAUGGAAGAGGUAGAGACUGCACUUAGGUUUCCAUCCUUGCAAUAAUCAACACGUUGGUCACUACAAUUCAUGUGAAGCACGUGAAUAUACAUGAAAUGUCAACCGAAAUUCCGAAAUGCGUUUUCGUUUCCAAAGCAUUACUUAAGUAGGGUUGUAAAACUAGUCAACCUGCAACAUAAUUCCAUAAUAUUUCAGUUACGCCAAGAUGUCGGCUUUCGAAUGAACUUCCUUCUGGCUGCAAUCAAAAAAUCACACUCUGUAAAAACUGACUACAUAGUAAGCAUGAAUUUUUCUCACUGAUUUUCGAUGCCCUUAAAAGGUCAAUAAUAUUUCAUGGAAAACAUUCAUAAAAAUAUUCAUUUUUUGUUCCUUUGGUACAAAAUUGAUUCUUCUUCCACUCUUAUUCUCGAAGGAAGGGCAUAAUUCGGUUUUCGAAAACUUUUCCUUUUCCCGAAUAAUUUCUAACUCGCUCUGCCGCCACACUUUUACUCAGGGUUUCCAAACUACACGCCGUAUAUUUUCCGCAUACGGAAAACCACACAUUUCUCCACGGCAAUAAAGGGGCACCAUAUAGGGCUCAUAAAAUUUGGCAGUGGAUUUGAUCCAUAUUGUUAACUUUACAAGCAACGUUGGUAAAUGCAGAAACAUGAAGUUUUAUGAAAGGACAUUUCAUGGUCUUUAAAAGUCCCACAAUUAGAACCUUUUUAAAACCGAAUUAUGUCCCUCCUUUGAGUAUAAAAUUGGAAGAAGACAUAAUUAUCUACCGAACGAGGGAAUUAAUUAAUACUUUUAUGCAUGUUUUCCGUGAAAUAUAAUUGAACUUUUAGCGGUAUCGGAAAUCAGUGAGAAAAAUGCAUGCUUACUAUGUAGUCAGUUUUUACAGAGUGCGAUUUUUGAAUGCAGCCGGAAGAAAGUUCAUUCGAAAGUCGACAUCUUGGCGUAACUGAAAUAUUAUGGAAUUAUGUUGCAGAAUGACUAGUUUUGCAGCCCCAACUAAUUGAUCUUUUUGAAACGAAGACGCAUUUCGGAAUUUCGGUUGACAUUUCAUGAGUCAACCCACCUACUGUAUCAAAGUCCGUUUGGAUGGUCGCCAACUGGCGGAUUAACCCGAUCCUCCAAUAGACUCAACGUCAGACCACACUGGCUCCUCCAUAGUAGAGCUUUCAUUGGAUCCUCCCCCAUGUGGGGUCCGAAUUGUCCUUGUUGGAGACUUUUGCAUGUACUGGGGAGCAUGAAUUGCGUGGAUUGCGUAGACGCAUUUUUUUGGUUUUGUCAAGUACUGCGACUGCGUUCCCUUCCCGGUCGUCCUGGCAUUUUAUUUGCUUUCGGAAAAAGGUGAGCGGAACGACAGAUGCUGUUCAAGCCCACCUCGCUAUAAACGAAUUCAUACGCACGUCACCUGUGCUGCGCGGAAGCCUUGCGGUAGACGAUGUACGUCAUCGACUGCGACGGUCAACCUGUCGUCGUCGUCGUCGUCGUCCUCGCCACCGGUUAAUCUCGUCGCUCUAGACUUUUCAUCUGUUAUGACCCUCAGGAUGUUGUCGUCUCCAUUUUGGCGCAUCAAGAGGACACUACCACUGCUAUGCAAGUUAGGCCAACCCACUGGCUGUAUGGGCUUUAAAUGGUGGUGUCUGACCGUUCCCUGCAUUUACUUUAUUAUAACUCACUUUCCUUACCUCUCACAUACAAGUCGACGAUUUCUAUGUUCGACCACAACUGACCCUGAAAUUUACGAUUAUUUUCUUUCGGUCACCACAAAACAAUUUUCGCCUCUAGAGUAAUUUUGACGUGGAAUAAGACUACAGUUAUCAGACAAACAGAAACAAGGUCAACUCGCCAAUCCCGGCAGGUGGUUAAAUCUGAGAAGAAGUUUUAGUCUUUAAGACUGACAAGGGCGAUAAAUCUUUUGCAUCUUUGGUUCAUCUAAGUGUUGACUCUUUUAUCCUUCACCUUCACUUGACAGAGCAGUUUUAAUUCGACGGGAUGAGGCAAACUACUGAGAAGGGUCUCUUCUGAUUGGAACAGGAAUUUCGUUCAACUGACAUAUCUGGUUUUCUUUCGAAUCCACCACCAGAGACAACAUCAGAUACAAUUGUAUAGCGUGACGUGACUGCGUAAGCUAACAUCUACUAAAGUUACCAGCCAACGUAUCUGCUGCAAAUGUCCUUAUCUGAUGCGAAGACAGACUUGCCACCCAAAUCCGGGUCAUUAGCGGCUACGAUUUCGCUCUUAGUUUUAGCGACUGACAUGAGGGUGAUCCGGCAGUCUGGUUCACAAGAACUGCCACCUGUCGCUCACUCUGAUUUCGGUUCAAGGGUUGAUCCGAGAUGUCGUGCGAAUUGCAUUUUUGGUCAGAUGUGGUUAUGUAGCCCCAGUUGAAGUAAACGAACCCCGGCCGCCUGUAAUACAGAACCGGUGGUAAUAGAGGUGGGGAACGGGGAACGAACGCACAGGCGACGAGGUCAUGUAAUUGUAUGCAAAAGAAAAGCUUUUGGGAAUGUGCAUUUGUACUUUGAGUGGUUGGUAAAUAGUUGCCCUAACCUCCAAUCCUGACCUCUAACCCUAACUCUUACCACCUAACCAUAACCCCUAUCCCUAACCUCUAACCCCAGCAAUACUGUGUCCAUCAGGUGGACCUACAUAACCACAUCUUACCGAAUUUUUAUUCCAAUGAUUGAGCUUCGCCCACGUCAGUUGGCUCCCGCAGUUCAUCUAUGGCUACUUUUCGUCGGAAAUACUACAGAGUACAACACUAUUAUGUCAAUAUUUGCCUAGAAGGCGACGCGAAGGAACUACAAAGAUUUCUGAGUGUAAUUCAGGAACAAUGCCACGCAUCCGCGAUACCCGAGAAAAUAGGGCGUAAAGGACAAUAAAAUCGUGAAAAGGCAGAUAUACUGGACUGAAGGACUUUCUACGUGCAUACGAAGGGCAGAGCAGUACAGAUGGGUAUGAAUAAAGUGGAGGUUCAUUUGCGGCGACCCGUAAGGUCCCCUCGCUUGUGCACUCGUUUCGCCGUCCAGUAGAUAGGAAACAGGACUGCCUGAGCAACACCGCUUACAGUAAAUUUCUCUGAUCUCGUUUCUGAGUCAAAGAGAACCGGGGUACUCGAGACCCUGAAUGGUAUGUCGGACAGAACAGAGAUGCCGUGUGACGAUUAAACAGUUACAGGUAACAACACUUGCACUGUACAAGUGGAACUGGGAGCUUGGAGUACAUGUGGGUAUGAUAGAGAUGAGUUCAGGAAGUUGAUGGUUUCUGAGGUAAAAAAACACUCAAGCACAGGAGAGCGUUGCACAUUUAAUUAUGUGGCCCUAUUAAAUGAAUAGGACCUGCUGUAUGAAGCGAAACCACUAAAAAUAUAGCCAUGACUGACGCUUGGAUGUGCAUACAGUCCUUUACCCAGAUCAUUAAAUUUGCGGAAAUUUACGAAUGAUUGCCAAUCACUCGCAAACCGACACAAUUUCAUGAGUCCGAUGUCUAUGAUAUUUGAGUACAAGUUUAAAGGAAUUAAAAACAUAAAAGAAAUAUUAAAGGCAGUGUUGCCUUGUUUAUAAAUGCCGAGAUUUUUAGAAAGACGCAAUAUUCAGAAAACGUCAGAAAUGGCCCUGAUUUAGUAAACUUCGUUUUUAGAUGUAUAGAAUGUAUUUGCUUACCAAACACGUAGUAAAUAUGAAAGUAAAAAUAAAACAACGUCUAAUAAUAAUAUUUUAGUUAGGUUUUCAUCUAAAUAUCGUAUAAUAAUUAGUGAGACUUCAUAUAUGACCUUUUGGCAACUGCCUACCUUCCGAGUGUAAUUUCCAAAAAUCAAAUACCGUCUAAUAGUAAUGUUUCAGUGAAGUUUUCAUCUAAAUAUCGUAUAAUAAUUAGUGCCAUUUCAUAUAUGACGGUUUGUCAACUGCCUGCAUUCUUAGUGUACAUUCAAAAGAAGUUUUCCAGCGAUUCGUGUUAUCCUUAAAUUUUUUGAGUUAUAUGAGAUCUGUUUUAACGAGGAAAAAUGGAGUGUGCUUGAUUUCACCGAUGGGGACCUUGUAGGAACAAACGUUUUCAUAAGGUGACAUGCAUUCAGGCCGAUCGGUGCCUAAUAAAUUUAAGUAGAACUGACAGACGUGAUCGUCAACAUACUAUUUUGCGUUUUUAGAGAGAAUACUUAUUCCGUUAACUUAAUUUACACUUUUCAUUCGUUUUAGAUUACGUUAAGUGUCAGAUUGGCCUCGAAUUUUUAAUGAAUGCUUCAUGAUUUUCAAUGUUUUCACCCGAUCUUCCAUAAACACAGAUUCUGAACUACCUGUCCGUUAAGAACUUUAAAAUACGGUUAUUCUUGAAGGCAUUUACCGAAUUAGUGAGUGUUCGGGCGCUCCUUUUCACGAAGAUGGUCGUUUGGUCACUCGUGAAGACUCAUUCAAACAUAAAACUUCAUUUUCAAAAAAAAUGGCUGUCCUCAACGAAAGUCAGCAACGAAUAAACCUUCGAUCAAUAAUAAAACUUUCCUUAAUCAGUUACGUCUUUACGAAGUACUUUAUUUCUGCGCUCCGUUUACGCAUCUCUGUGUAACUUGCAUUUUUUCACGGUGAGGUCAAGCAAAAAUUUGACACUUUGGUUACUAAACAAUACCAAUAUUUUUCUACCAUAAACGUACAAAAAAUGCUCUCAAUAUUGAGACCAUUUCCACUGUUUUUACUCGCUUUUAAACCCCGUUAUUCAGUUAUGAAUGCACGGCAGAGCGCCCAUAUAAAUGUUAAUACUUUGCUGAAAAUAUUAAUGUUUUGUUCGUUCUGUUUCUGUAUAAGUUGUGCACAGAAACUAAACUAUAUGAAAAGUAGUGUUUCAUAUGCUCAGAACUGGAAAUUACCAUUUGGUGGUAGUUGUUUUUGUGACAUAAGUUAGCAUUUUCCUAUUGACAAAAAAAUUUCAGCCCACUUAAACGAAGGAAUCCCUAUCUGCGUUAUUACUGCUCUUUAGGGCACCAAAUCGCACAGGUCUGCCAAUUCGACUUGUAGGAAUUUAUAACACCUCCGGUUUUGUUAAAAUAACCUUUACGUUUGCAAGUUGAUUACUGCUGUUAGCAUUGGACAUAAAAUUAGUUUUCAAGUCCUGCUAAAUCUGUUUAUUAAAACCCUCUCGGGUAAAUUACUAUCCUUUCAUUGAAAACAUCACUCGGAUGCUUAACCGGAGUCUAGGACAAGUAUUAGCAUAGGAAAUUGCACGAAUAUAUUCUGACGUUCAUUUUCGCUAAAUUUUACUGAUAUUUUAUUUGAUAUAAUUGCGUAAGCUUACUCCCUGCAUGAGAAAAGGACAUUCUAUUGAUGGAAGGGGAUGAGCGAACAAUAUGUGCAACGUUAAAGACGUCAUAAAUUAUUGUAUCAGUGUCCGUCAUCAGAUUUCAUAAGAUUGAUCACGUACUGUACAUACUGCGGAGGUUUGUGGGAUCUCAAACAGUCCAGCGUCUUUAUUGGAAUUCAGACGCAACUGGCGAGCUAACGCAAAGCUACACUGAGUGGCCGAUCUCAGAAAAUGUUAGCCCUUUCGUUUUUAAAAACAUUUCUGAUUUCGAGAUUUUUGAGGCCGUUCAAUGUCCAUUCAUACAGUAUUGUAGCUGUCCGUUUAUAAGUGUUCCUCAUAAAAUGUACAACGUAGUCCACAUCCACUGGAAAAUUGCAUGAACUAUAUACGGUAUCUUCUUAAAGCCAUUAAGGAGUAUAUGGUUCGUCUAACGCGGAAAGUAUGCAUCCCGUAACUGAAGUCGCUAAAUGCUAAUGCAACAGCUGAUUUGGCUCAGAAUUAUUCGGGAAAUGAACAAGUGUUUCAAGACCUAUAUAUAUACCCUUUCUUCAAACAUAAAAUGGGAAGAAGACGUGAUCUGCUAUCAGAUUGGUAGUAGAAAAAAUAUUCUUUAUAUUUUUUCUAUAAGAUACAGUGCUCUAUAUAAGGCCAUCGAAAAUCGAUGUGAAAAAAAGCAUACUCUAUAAUUAGUCAUUUUUUCCGAGUGGAUUUUUUACAGGAGGCCCGGAGAGCGAAUAUUCUGACGAGUCCGAAAUAUCAUGGGAUUAUCCCGCGUAAUAAUUAAUAUUGUAACCUCGCCUAUGUAAUUUAUCCAACUCGAAAACACAUCUCAGAAUUUCAGCUAGCAUUUUAUGGAAUGGGUCACUCGCUGUAUAUAUACAAGUCCGAGUGUUUAUUUAGUCCGUUCAUCUCUGUUUAACCCUUCUUUGGAACCGCAAACUGUUUACCUGCCCAAAAAGAAAUCACACAGCACUCGUGUCUCACCGCCUGUCCGAGACCCCUACCAUCCUGCUGGCGCCGGUGGGAGGCAUCGAGUAUCCUUUUCAAGGUCAUACAACAAGACGCCUCAGAAAGUCCCCCAAGCCUACUGCUUUUUAAACAGGCUCCCACUGCCGAGUUCAGCAGAUCGUAUUGUCAGCUGCAGAUCCUUGUAACUGCUGGCAGUCCGUACAUGCACUUUAUGUCAAUGGCAAGGUGUCUUCAAGUGGAUUUAUAAGUGGACGGAGGUCGGCAGGUAUAUCGACAGAAUCCAUAUUCGCCUACACCAAAGGGGGGAGAAUCGCAUUCAUAUGUACCUAGGCAGAAGAAAAUAUGCAUCAUCUGGACGUAAUACACCCAGAAACCACAUCAUCAUCAUCACAUUCUCCACCAUCUCCUCGCACAUCAGCAUCACCCACCACGAGCAUCCAAUUGACACCUCCUGCGCGUCUCGACUCGGUCUACUUGUGACUCACGUUGCAUGGAGGACUCGGACCUAAGAUUAUCUCGGCGCGUUAAGCGUCCGCAUGCAGGGCGGCACCUCGUUGGUUCAGAAAAAGCAAGUAGAGCCGACUACUUCGAAGCCGGAAACAUCUACAACUGUUAAACUGUGUGGAUCAGUUCGAAACUAGUCGGUGGAUAGAUGGCCCCAUAAGCAAACUUAGUUAUCUUUUUGUCAAAACGCCUGAUAAUAUUCUGUAAAUUAUUUGCAAUUAACAGAAUAUUCAUGCGCGUAUCAGACGGAAUUAUGAACGACGGAGGACCUUCAUAGACACCUCGCAGUUUGUCCUGACAGAUAGACAAACAGGAAUGUCCUGAUUGCGCCAAACAGUAGGGGCGUAUACUACGACCAUGGAUCGUUGUCUUUGAAUGACUGAUGUAUUCAGGCUUUGCCAUUCACAGCUGUCGCACUUGUAGACAUUUGUAAGGAAUGUUAGCCGAGACCGUGGUUUAGAGCCCAGAAUGAUGUCCUGGUGGCAUAUUGACCUUUUGAGUAGAUAGCGCGUAUUUUCGCUAUUUUUACAUUCAACCUCAUCUGACAGGACACUCACACCUGUCAUUUUUAGAGGAGCCGCCCUCUACCUAGCUCAGCUGUUCGUGUAGGCGACGAGAAUGCCUGAGGCAGGUAGGGGGUGUUCACCGUCGAUACAAGCGCACUUACCUAUCUUCUUACCAAAAGAUCUCAGAAUAUGCCAAUGGGUACUCGUAAUUAACAAAAUACUCAAGCGCCCUUGUCUGUGCCUCGAAGCACUUGCGAAGUCGGAGACUCGAUCCUUUGUUCAUGGACACUGGAGGCAAUCAUCAGGCGCCAUUGAACGAGGUCGAAAUGGCUGUAGUCAUGACAAGAGACGCCAACGCAUCUGCCGCAAAUGUCCUUAUCUGAUGCGAAGACAGACUUGCCACCCAAAUCCGAGUCAUUAGCGGCCACGAUUUCGUUCUCAGUUUUUGCGAUUGACAUGAGGAUGACCCGGCAGUCUGGUUCACAAGAACUGCCACCUGUCGCUCACGCUGAUGUCGGUUCAAGAGUGGACCCGAGAUGUCGUACAAAUUGAACUUUUGGUCAGAUGUGGUCAUGUAGCCCUACCUGAAGUAAAAAAGCCCAGCCACCUGUAAUAUGGGACGGGUGGUAACAGAGGUAUUUACAGGUGAGACCAGGGAACGCACAGGCGACGAGGUCAAGUAAUUGUAUGCAAAAGAAAAGCUAUUGGAAAUGUGCGGUUGUACUUUGAGUGGUUGAGAAAUAGUUGCCCAAACCCUUAAUCCUAACUUCCAACCCUAACCCUCACCCCUAUCUCUAAUCUCUAACCGCAAGCCCUAUCCCUAACCUCUAACCCCAACCCCAACAGUACUUCAUGCCAACUGCUAGGCGUCUUCAAGUAGACGACGGUCGGCAGGUAGAUCGGCAGAGUACACAUUCGCCUGCACCAAAGGGGGGGAAUCGCGUUCAUAUGUCCCUAGGCAGAAGAAAAGAUGCAUCAACGGGACGUAAUACACCUAGAAACCACAUCAUCACAUCCUCAAUCACCACCAUCUCCUCGCACAUCAGCCUCACCCACCACGAGCAUCCAAUUGACACCUCCUGCGUAAAUGGGAAGUGCGCGUCCCGACUCGGCCUCCUCGCAACUCACGUUGAAUGGGGGACUCGAACCUAAGACUAUCUCGGCGCGUUAAGCGCCGUGGCUGGAAGACUGCUGAGUGACGCCCCAACUCAGACCACGCAGUCCGUCCAGGUAUGUGGAGUGGCGGACUGGUGGGCUGAGAGCCGGGCUCAAGCAGCUCCUUCCACGGCACUCUCACGCAUGUGAGAGGUGCGCCGCUUAACCACCGUUGUGCGAAGUCCUGGUACUUGUGUUUGAGGGACCAGGUCAUGCAUGCGCGUUCGCAGGAAAGAGCACUGGAUGUUUCACCCGCCGCGCCCAUUCCCCCCACCUGUCAACUGACCGGCUCGGACAGUGACUACGGCAUGGGUAUGGGGAGGGAGAGUGAGGUCGACCACUCAGCACAUUUUCCACAGCAUAAAAAAUCUGACGUGCUUGAAGUUAUCACGGUGCGUUAAAGGCGGUGGUUUCGAAAGUUGCCAUCUGACGAGAAAACUUGGAACUCGCAGUCGGCCGAGUGUUGUUUGUUUGUGUGCAGUGGCCGACUGUUGGUCUGAGAGUCAGUGUGCAAUGACUCCUUCUUAAUGCGGUAUUUAUGACACUCGCACUUUGUGGGAUCCGAGCCAGGUGCGAUUGCACGUCUAGUGGCGGUUUCGGCGGUGAGAGAAACCCUUUUGUUAUUGAAUAAAAUUCUGUUUAUUUGCUGUGUGGUGCAGGGGGUGUGUAGUGGAAAGCCAAGGUGCGGGCUCGACCGUGCCAUCCAUCUUCUCCCUCCCCCGUCUCCGGUCAUCCUGACUCUGUCUUGACACUUGGUUCAGGCGGGGAGGGGGAGAGAAUGUGGUAGAUGUAGCAAAAGUCUACUCUCACCACAAAUCAUUCGCAAGUUACCGUCCCUGGUCUCAACCUGCUGUGGGGGCAUAUGGUGAACAUCGUGGGAUGCGACGGUCGAACUACAAUUUCAUGUUUUUGUCCCCCGAGUCUCAUAUUGCGGAGUCAUUGUGUUGCAGUAUGCAACGCUCAUCUGGAAUUCUAACCUCCAUUGAAGGCGCCCUGAAUGUGCGUGUGCAGACUGGCCUCAGGUCGUAACAGACAAGUGCACUCGGCGACACGGCACGACAUGAAGGACGGGGCUGUGUAGUUGGGACGCGUGGGCGGCCUGUCUGAUGAUCAUAGCCCUAAAUCAUGAGGAAAUUUUCCGCACUCACAUUUGCUGCGUCGGUACGCAUGUGUAAUCUCGAACUAGGAGUAAGUCUAAUGAAUAGUUUUGUUUACUGUGCAAAGUCGAAGGAUGAGAGUUUGUGUGCGUGUUUUCAGUGAUGGCACAGGCUCAGUGUCUAAGGCGUCCGGCACCUCUGAAGGAAUGCCAGACUUCUGCUAUUACGCAAUAUUCCGAUUCACAUUCCUUCAUUGUGUUUGCAGAAAUAAUUGCCCAUUUUUCUCCUGAGUAUUCCUGCUCAUCACUCCUUGGGGUUACAAACUGGGAUGGCUGUGGAACAAUGUUGAUUGCGGUCCUACUUCCCCACUCUCAUUUUCCCAUCUCCGGGUUUUUUCUUUCUAAUUUUAUCACUGUAAACAUCCUUUGAUGGGAGAUAUUUGUUUAGGCAGUGAUCAUAUAUGCAGCAGACAGUUCCGUUCACAAGCCAAAAUGGGUGCACUCCAUUGUCCUGCGAUAUCGCACAUUUCCGUAGAAAGUCUAUGUUGUUUAUAUUUCAGGGAUUUCAGGCAAUUCGCGAAAAUCGGAGCUUUUUAGUUUUGUUUCUACUUAAGAUGUCUUGAGAACCUACGUAGAGCUAAAAUGAGUAAGAAGCUAGUUCACCUUUCUGUCGGCUAGUUUUUGUUUCUGUUAAGGCGUGCAAUUUUAGCGCACGCAAUUGCCUACAUGGCACACACUUGACCUUCGUCCUCGGGAGUGUGUAGGCCUCAUUCUAACAGCAAGCUUCCGCCGACAACGAAGUCCACUGGCUAGCAGCUGAAUUUUUUACCGACCAUAUACGGGAAUUAGACGAGUGAGUAAGGCCGGUCCAAUAGAUCGACCAAACUGCUGUCAUGGGCAUUAUUUUCAGUACAAAAUUUUCUGUAAAAAGGUAAAUCCGCAUAGGGAAAACUCUUGUAAAACACCGUUCGACCCUUGAUAGCUGGGGUUUUAAUGAAGGGAAGAAAAUAAGUCGACGACUGUCCUGAAACACGGGGGUGAUUGAUAAAGGACACGUCUACCGGCGGUGUUCUAUUCCUUAGCGAAACCUCUCAACCAAGCUUUUCUAGAUGAAAUGUGGACGACUUUAUAUUUCAGAGAGAAUUAUCUGUGGGGGUCUCGUCAGUAGCACUGACCUGACAGAAAUGUACAAUUUUGUGGUAUCCCGUCAGUAAACAGCCAAACCGAUUAAAUGCAAAUUUUUGACUGCCUCCAGGGGCCUCUCUCUGUAAGAUUCUGCAAACUUUGGGUUCGAAUUAUGGGGGGCUUUAUUGUUUCAGCCUUCUAAGAGGCUUUCCUUGACUGAGACAUCCUUCGUUGUGUUUCCUCGUGGACUCCGAACUUGUCUCGGUGAAUCGUUGAAAUUUCACAUUUAGAACACAUGGGGCACGCUGACUGACCCACUGAUAAAUCGAACUCCUCGCAGUUGCACUAUGGAAAACACGUGUCUGGAUCCUCGAUCGGUAUUUUUGAUGCCGGUAUUAUGAAUCAGGAAACAUCUAGAUUGCAAAUAAGUUAGUUAUGUUCGCAGCAGGAAACAGUCACUGGCCACACACCAACUCCAGUUUCUGUCUCUGACUGAACGAGUCUGAGCACUUUUACGCUCUCAAGUAAAUUUUCAAAAAGUUUGGAUUUUAUGUGGUCUAUUUGCAGUUUCUUUCUCCAAUAGCCAGCUUUUAAGUUGAAUUGACGGUUAUAUUUUGAACUAUGGCCUCCUCGUUCCCCAUAUCGCCCAUCAGAAUCAAUCAAAACUUUAGGCCUCAGUGAAUUCGCCAAUCUAUGAACCCUACACCUCGUUUUAAAUUGAUGCUAGAUUCGAGAUAAACCACGGCCCUCUCGUGCAUAAUAUGGCUUUGUGAAAUCAAAUAUGCAAAGGAAACUGACUGAAACAGAUUUCCCCACUCUACAGCCCAGCAUGUUUCAGUAACGUCGAUUCUACAUGUGCUGCAAAUCGGCUUCAUCCCAGCUUGCUCCACAUAAAUCAGCAAAAGUCCGCGCGUGAAUUCAUAUCGUCAAAAUAAUUCACAGGGAUGGCGAACACGAAUUAUUAUCAGCGAGAUCCUCUUCCGGACGUUAAACUGCUGAAACGAAAGCUCAAAUUGAACAUCAUACGGCUCAUCUUGACAACUAUUUGAAAACAAGGACCGAUUCACGCUUACUAACUGCAUUCAUCCUGACCGACCCCAGUCUCAUUCGUAAAUCAAAUGCCUUAAAAACCAGUCACCAACUAAGGUAGCGCAAGUUUCAAGUAAUGCUAUAGCAGACCGGAAAUAAGCGGGAGCUACUAUGUGCAUAUCUGGCACACAUGAUCUAAGAGGCCUCACUCAAUCACGUCUCCGUCCCAUCCAUUAGACCUGCAUGAACACAGGAGAUUUCAAGAUUGUCUUAUUGGUCACAGAGAAGCAUCGUGUGUGAUCAGCACACGGUAUUGCCAAUAAAAUGCACAAAUUAGAAACCCAACGAUAGCAGGAGAUUACGCAGCUCGCUUUUGUCCAAGCAGCCGUCGUGAUUGACGUCGAAAUUUGCGAUGAAUUGCUCAAUGUCCGCCCUCGUGAUGCCAUCCAAAUUCAGGAUGUAAAGGAGCUCGUCUGCGGAGAUCCUGUCGUUUCCGUCAAUGUCCAGUUUCCGAAAGAAUUUGUCGACCUCCUGUGUGCUGUAAUGAAGGAAAAGUGGAGGCGUUUGCAGUUGGGAAGUGAAGGACUUACCUUGGCAUGCGGAAUCCUUCGACACGAAGAACGCUGAUAAUGCCUGACCGCCUUCUCAUGGUCCUUCUUUGUCACAGGCGCCUGCUUUUAUUGCUGGAAUAAGGAGGCCAUGACAGCGUGAUCAACCAGUCAGAUGUCUGCUGGCAUAGUUAGGGUGUUUGCGGAGGCGAGGUUGAGAGUGCGCCAAACACCCACAGAUGGUAGAAGGUAGGUUAAUUCUGCAAAUUGACAUGCUUCAGUUUUCUUUGAUGAGACCAUGAGGGGUGGGCAGAAAUGUGGGAAUUAUUUGGCUGCACAAAGGUACUAGUUCCCGUUUGUUUUUACAUAACCUGCGACCUGCUUCUUUGAAAUAUUCGAUCGUUUGCGUGUAGCCUAAGCUAGGUUAAUUCUGCAAAUUGACAUGCUUCAGUUAAUUCGAAGAAACCAUGAGGGGUGAGCAGAACUGUGCCUGUUGCCUGAUAGGAGAUUUGUAAGACUUCAAGUUUCAGGAUGUUCUCGUGUGUUACCCCGAAAACGAAAUGCUUAUCGUUAGGUCGGGAUAUAAAGUGAACGCAGAUUUGUCUAUGCAUUUUUUAGAUCAAAUACGUUUUGCGGGUUUGGAUGAGUUCCACUGGAUAAUGUGCAAAUUACGGCAUCGAGUUACGCGUUGAACAUUCAAAAGAAAAAUGCUUUUAAUUUAAAUGCUGGCUAAGACGGACACUGCUGCCUAAAUGCAGGUGAGUUCGUGUAACAGGGACGGUGCAGGCUAAACACACUACCUUCUUUCGGUUAAGCGUUCCGCGCCGUGUUAUCGCAUCGGUCUGAGAUUGAGUGUCAGCCCGUAGACAAAGGCAUCAGUAUACUUGCCCAACGAAGUAAACAACCUCAAUUAAUAGAAAAGGAAAUUUCCACGUGAAAUGUGACACCUCAUUGGUUCAGAGAAAAGGAGUAGACAGGACUAUUUCGAAGAUGGUAAUAUCUGCAACUGUUAAACUGUACACCUCGGCCCGGACGGACACAAAAACGCACCUACCUGUCUUUUACCAAAAGAUCUCCGAUUGUGCCAAUAGAUACUCGUAAUUAACAAAAUAUUCAUGAGGGUAAUGGUAGGGUGUAGGAGCCCACGUAGGCAUCAACUCCAGAAUAUACAUUAAAACCCAGUGUGACUGCAAACCCCACUUGUUAUCCACCUUCCACAUUGGUAGAUAUUUCCUUGCCUUCCUGACAAAUGUGAACCUGCCAGCGGCGCUUUAUUCAAAGUCCUUUGUCGAAAAUUGUUUUUUGUUUGCAUUUCAAUGAUCACGCUCACUUUCUUUGCCAAUUGACGGCGUAAGAUAAGACUUGCGGAGGAAACGUAUUCACUUUCCGUGUCUUCUUGCUUUCGAUCCUGCGUCUUAUCCCACCCGCAGAACCCCCUCUACCGCCAUUCAACUUAUGACGCGGUCCACAGGCUAUCGAAAAUUAUUCGGAUCCUACACCGACCGCUGCCCUCGUGAACUUAUUAAACCCAAGAAUGGACGACGGAGAACCUUAAUAGACAGACGAAAAUAUUUUGAAAGCGUCAAAGGGUAUGAGCGCACAUUGGGAUGAUGACACGUCUUUGAGUGACUGAUUCAUUCAGGCUGUCGAAGAUGUAGACGUUUGUAACGAAAAUUUCCUGAGGCCGUGGUUUUAAGUCAAGCAUGGUGUCCUGCUGGCAUUGUGACCUUCAAAGAGGGCGCCAAACGCCCACAGAUGGUUGAAUGUGGUUUGAUUCUGUAAAUGGACAUGCAUCAUUUUUUUCGAAGAAACCAUGAGGAGUGAGUAGAAAUGUGUAAAUUAUUUGGCUGCACAAAGCUAAUAGCCUCGGUUUGUUUUUACAAAACGUACGACCUCCUUUACGAAAUAUUCUUUCAUUUGCGUGUAACCUAAAAAUAGAGUUGAAGCCUGCAAGUUUCUCCGAUUGUCACGUGUGCCAUCCCGAAAGCCAAAUGUUUAUUGUUAUGUCUGGAUGGGAAUUCGGUGCCGUUGUUUCUAUGCAUUAUUUUUAAGUCAAGUCAUUUUUUGUGGGUUUGGGUGACUUUCACUGGAUAAUUUGCAAAGUACGGUAUUCAGUUUCGGAUAAUUCGUUCGAAUGAAAAAUAUUUAACGCUGAACUAUGCUGCCGAACGAGUGUCAAUCUGAAGACAGUUGUGUCAGUACACUUACUCACCAAAAUAGGCAGCGCCAGUUUAGAGGAAGACAAACGUCCGCAUGUAGGGCGGCACCUCGUUGGUUCAGGAAAUGCGAGUGGAGCCGACUACUUCGAUGGCGGCAACAUCUACAACUGUUAAACUGUGUGGACCAGUUUGAAACUAGUCGGUGGAUAGAUGGUCCCAUUAGCAAACUUAGUCGUCUUUUUGCCAAAACGCUUGAUAAUAUUCUAUAAAUUAUUUUCGAUUAACAGAAUAUUCAUGCGCGUAUCAGACGGAAGUAUGAACGACGGAGAACCUUCAUAGACACCUCGGCGUUUGUCCUGACAGACAGACAGACAGGAAUGUCCUGAUUGCGCCAAACAGUAGGGACGUAUACUACGAUCUUGGCUCGUUGUCUUUGAAUGACCGAUGUAUUCAGGCUUUGCCAUUCACAGCUGUCGCACUUGUAGACAUUUGUAAGGAAUUUUAGCCAAGGCCGUAGGUUUUGAGCCCAGAAUGAUGUCCUGGCGGCUUAUUGACCUUUCGAGUAGAUAGCGCGUAUUUUCGCUAUUUUUACAUUCAACCUCACCUGACAGGACACUCACACCUGUCAUUUUUAGAAGGGCCGCCCUCUACCUAGCUCAGCUGAUCGCGUAGGCGACGAGAAUGCCUGAGGCUGGUAGGGGGUGUUCACUGUCGAUACAAGCGCACUUACCUAUCUUCUUACCAAAAGAUCUCAGAAUAUGCCAAUGGGUACUCGUAAUUAACAAAAUACUCAAGUGCCAGUGCCUGUGCCUCGAAGCAGUUGCGAAGUCGGAGACUCGAUCCUUUGUACAUAGACAUUGGAGGCCAUCAUCAGGCGCCAUUGAUCGAGGUCGAGAUAGAUGUAGUCAUGACAAGAGACGUCAGGUAUAGUCGUGAAGAAGGAGACACGAUCGCUGGGACAAGAGCUUUAUUUGCCUGACGUUUCGGAUUCCUGCUCGAGCCCAGCAUCAGAGACAAUAGCAGAUACGUCAGGGCUGUUUGCCCCAUCUGGUGCGAUUUCGGACGAAAUAAGUUGUGCUGGAGAAACUCGGUGUUUAGUUCGCAGGCGGUUGUUGGUGCACGCAGAGGAACCGAUGGGGAACAAACCCAUCGUUCAUGUUACGGCUCAUUUAGCAAUCCCGAUGGAAUCAUCAUGUGGUAGUCAGACAUUCGGUUGACCCAUCACUUCAAAAGACAUCGCGGGGUUCAGGAAUGCCUGUAAAUUAAAUGCUAUGUUGGGCUUUGAUGGGCAAUCCUAACACAAGCUGAUUGACAGGCUUGGACAGCCGACUGGCGAGAGGAACAAGGACAGGAGGGCGAAGUCGAGACUUGAGAAUUCAUCUCCACGACAUAUCAGCGCAUUCCUCCCUAAAUUGAAUCUGUUAUGAGGCGCUACGUGUCGGGAUUUGGAAGGUUGACAGAUGACGGACUAAGUCGAUCGACUGAAAAAUGUUUUGAAGGACCUAAUUGACAGUUAUCCUUCUUAAUGUGGUCUUUAUGGCAGUCUCUUACAUUGUGGGUCCGGGCUGGCUCAAUGAAAUCGCAGUGAGUGCCCUGGGGAGCAAGCCGUGUUUGACAUGCGUCGACGUGCCGAUUAACAUUGUUGCCAGUGCUCCCGAGUCCACUUCCGACCGUCUUGACGUUAUCUUGCCUUCAAAAUCUAGUUUUGUGAGGAACGAGAGUGCGGUAGAUGCGGCGUAAGUCUGCCUCACCGUAAACUAAUUCAUGUGUAAGUCAUCGGUGCUGCGCCCGCUCACACAGUGGACGAUGUCGCUCGCGAUGGUUGUGCUGUCCUAUGAUCAAGGCCUUUGGUUUCACAGAUGGACUGCCGUGACAGCCAAAUUUGCGUACAAUGCUGACAUGCAGACGUUGGUAUAAAUCGAGAGUACAUGACGUCAAUCUUAAUCGUAUCGUUUCUACACCACCUAUUGAUGUUGUUACCAAAUUCUCGUUAUUUUCCGGUCUGACUUCCAAAAAUUGCAUGACGCAGCUUUGAGGACCACAAGGUAUGAAUUGUAGAGUACCCGUCAAUUGGGGGACGCGAUGCCGGGUAUAGUGGUGGCAAAUGAUCUGUCCUGUAUUUUAGGUUGACCUGAGGGGAGAAGAAUUGUGUGCUAGAUCAGUGGGCAUGGGUGUCCAAUCUACGGACCAUCGUAAGUCAGUUCGCCACUCGUAUUAUAUCUCAUUGAAGUAAUGGCACGGGAAAUGAACAUGAGCUGGAGAGGCCGUGUCCUGCUGAAACCUCACAUGGCCACCUUCCGAAGGUCUGUUCAACUCGGGAAUCGCUUGUUGUUGAACCACUCAGUAACAGGACUGCCCUGGAGCCCGCUUCCGACUGUCUUGACGUUAUCUUGUCUUCAAAAUCUGGUUUGGUGAGGAAGGAGAGUGCGAUAAAUGAGGCGUAAUUCUGCCUUCCUGUUAACUAGUUCCGGUGCAACUUAACGGUGCUGCUCCCGCUCUGAGGGGACAUCGUUGUUCGCGAUAUUGUGGCUCGCCUAGGAGCCACCUAUUCGGUCUCACAUUUGGACCAUCGGGACAGACGCUGCUGUCGUUACCAAAUUUCCGUUAUUUUCUGGUCUGACCCAAAGUAUUACAUGACGCAUCUCUGCGGUCUCUAAACUAUGGCAUUGAUAUUGUAGACUGCCCGUUUGUUUUUAUUGGUAGGAAUGAAAGAUUACGUUAUUUGGCCUCGUCUUUUAUAAGGAUUCAAGACACGGUGCCCAGUGUACUCGGCGAUCCUAUUAUAUUCUCGGAAAUGUAUCUAUACUGUAUUUUAGGUAGGCCCAAUCGAGGAAGAAUUGUGCGUAAGACUAAUGGGUAUAUUUAUUCAGUCUACGGACUAUCGUUGGUCAGUCCUCCAAAUGUUGAAUAUAUCUUUAAAAUAAUCGCAUGGCAAAUGGAUAACGGCAGAUUUUGCGCAAGACUGCUUUGCUAUGGACUAACUCACACGCAUGCCGACCUUACUGCGACAAUACGUUGGGCAGGACAUAGGCGUCGUAGCUUACGGACGGUCAAACUGUCGUCGUCGUAGUAGGUGGUGGUGGUUGGUUGGUUGGUUGGUUGGUUAGUUAGUUGGUUUAUUGCGUUCGCCUCUUCAUCUGUAAUGACUUUUUGGAUUUUAUCAUUCUGUUUUAACAGGCCAAUGUAAUACUACUGCAACGCAAGUCAGACUAACCUACUGACUGAAUGGGCUUUAAAUGGAGACGCUUGUCAAUUAUUACUAAUCAUUUUCCUUGCCUCUCAUUAAAAGUCGGCGGUAAUCUGUCUUCCAUCACAGUGGUUGUCAACAUUUGCGAUCAUAAAUUUCCUUCGUCCAAUACAAAGGAACUUUCCUUCAGGAUAAUAUUGGUUUUGGAAAAAAAUAUGGUUAUCGAAGAAACCCAGAUCAAGCACGGAUUUUACAUCCGUACGACCAAAACAACUUGGAAAAUCCAAGUCAAAUUCUUCUCGAAGUAUGCACUCCACGAUCCGUCUGCUUAGGUUUGUCAAGCCAGCUCGAAUAGAUAACCUAAGACGAUCGAUUGGAUACUUAAGUAGCAAGUCUGUUCUAGACCUUUCUGGAUUUGUCCUUCAACAGAAUCGCCACAUAGUCACCCCACGUUGGCACACAUUGUCAUUAUUUUUGUGCCAAUGUGUUAAGUAUCGCGUUGGGUUACUGUCUUGAGGCUAAAUGUGCCUGCACACGCUUGUUUCACAUGUACCCUGAGAAAUACAGCAGAGCACGUGGUCUGAUGAUCCAGGUAGCAGGUGGUGCUUCUAGGAGUGGUAGUUAUGUGGGGUUUGUCAAAUGAAACGGGCAGUAUUUUACGCAAAAAGUCAGGGUGCCAUCAGAAUCGCAGUUUUGCUGUUAGGCUCACGUUCUCUGCAAACAGGAUGACGCCGCCUAGUGCGUUUUCGGAUUAUGCUUAAUUUAGCACGGUUAGGGAUUCUGGUGAGACAACGCUGACAGCUUUAGGACUUGGCUUUUGACUUUAGGACCCGCGCAACUUUGUCAACCAGUGCAUACGAAAACGACACCAGAGACCAAAUGCAACCGGCACCAAAUUUUGGCGGGCUCUCCCGUACGUGAAGCCGUCAGUCGUCUUCUCACUCCACUUGCAGUUGGGGUUGCCCACAGGCAGGAAGCAACCAUUAGGCGCCAAGUCAUGAAGCCGAAAGAUCCGCUGCCACGGCAGGAAACGUCUGGAGUCGUUUACCGGAUCUGGCGCAAUUGCGGACAAAGCAACUAUGUCGGAGAAACGGGGAGAUUACUCCGUAUGCGAGUUGCCGAGCACGCAGCUGCAGUGCGGCGGGGAGACGCUAGCUCUCAGGUGGCGGCACAUUUGACGGGACCCGGCAAUAUUUUCAAAUUUCAAGAGGCCGAAAUCCCCACAAGGGAUGACAACCGCGUGAGCCGCGAGCUGCUCGAAUCAUGGUUCUCAGGCCCGCAAUCCAUCAACAAGCGCAAAGACCUCCCCGUACCAUAUUCCGUGCUAAGAUUUUCCCUGGGCAGGGGAAUGAGUCACUUGGGGAGGGCGCGGGCGAGCAAUUAUCCCAGUGACAGUGAGCCAAUUUGCCGGGAAAUCGUCACACCAGCAUCCAACACGGAUGACGAAAUCACGGCCAUUAACGACUCGGACUCGGACUAACAAGCCAGCACCGCAUCAAUUACGACCCCAGCGGUGAUUACGAGAUCUGUUAAUUACAACGCGCAUAUGGUCCCAGGGCAGCCACUUGCCAUAAAUACUGCACUCCCUGUGCCACCAUCACCUUUAUCUGCGACUGUCUCUGAUGAUGGAUUCGAGUGAGAACCCGAAACGUCAGGCCAAUAAAUUUCUUCUUCCAGUGAUUUCAUCUUAGUCUUCUGAACUGCUACCUGGAACUCGUCUUUUCGCUUCUAUCAACUUGUCUUCUUCUCUGCGGUAAUCCGGUCAAACUCUCUUUUAUGUUUAGCCAAUAUAUGCGAAAGUAGUUUUUGUAAAAACAGAGCAACCGCAGAGUCUUAGCCCAAAACGUAAGACUACCGUCAGAGAUAAGGUAGGGUGACUCUUUCAUGACUAAUUACUAGUGGAAAUUUCCAGGACUAUUCUGUGUUAUUCAAAUAAUGAUGUUUGAGACUUCCAGACGUUGACUUUACUCUAUCUGAAUUCCUUAAACAUCAAUUAUUAAUUAAUUUGAGCAACGGUUUACUGUCUCUAAACAAAAGCACUUUGGAAUACUGGGGUUAGUUUUCCCGCGGUCAGAACUAAAUAACCUUUUUCUCUAACGUAAAUUUCAUAAGGACAAAAAAUGAUGCUAACUGAGUGAAUCGUGGUUAAGUAAGUGUGUCACAUAUAGGCGUCUAAAAUAGGCUAAAAGUUAAACUCCACGUCCUUACUUACGAUUUACAUCAUGAUUUUUCGAGGCCGUCUAUCUAAUUCACCAAGGCUGAUCGAAUAACAAGUCAUUCAUAAUUCAGCAGGCAGUUUGCUCUUGACAUUUCCUCCACUUUUAUCUAAUAUAAAUAGUGCUGAAGAAAGAGACACAAAGCAACUACAUCGGAGAAACCGGAAGACAGCUCCGAAAGAGAUUGGCCGAACACGCUGCAGCGGUGCGAAGGAAUGGCGACAGCUCUCAAGUUGCGGCUCAUCCGACAAGACUCGACCACACAUUCAAACUCGACGAGGCCGGAAGCCUCGCUAGAGGUGACAACCGUGUGAGUCGCGAGUUGCUUGAAUCAUGGUUCACUGGCCCCCAGUCCAUUAACAAGUGCAAUGAACUUCCCCUUCCAUACUCUGUGCUGAGACUUCGCCUAGGCGGAGUAAUUAGCCACGCGGGGAGCGCACAUGUGAACACUUGUCCCAACACCAGGGUCGGUACGUCAGAUGAUCGAGCAGUCAUCACACGUGUCUCCCUCUUCAAGACAACUUCCUAGGACUCGUCUCCGCUUCUAUUAGAACUAGUGCUUCUACACACCAUACAGACAAGCUUAAACAUUGCGUCUGCGCGGGCGUAUACAGCAUCCGAUUCGUGUCUGGCUGUCGUUUUUUUCAGCGUAUACUCGAAGGGCCAUCCAAAUUUCUUAGCAUCUGUAAGGCAAUCUGAGGGUGAAAGCCAAGUCUUAACAACAGAUUUGCCGAAUUGAAUUUACUGUUGAUGAAAUAGGAGAAUGCGCAGGCGCCCCCGGAUUAACAACAAUUUGUUAACGUUUCACUUUCUUCUGAAGAACGUUUCUGUUGACUUUCAUGUAAUUCCUGGUACGUUUUGCCCAGCGUUGACUUGCCAAGUUUAGGAACGCCUAAACGGGAUCCGCAAUUCAGAGGAUGAUGUACCCGAGAUUUCUUCAUUUACUUAGUGUCUGGGUCUAACGCCAGUAUCAGAACGAAAAUCUUCUGACAUCUCAUCCUACCGUCGGUUCGUUUCAGUUCCCUGAAUAAGUGGAAUAUCGUGAACCUACACUGUGCAUUACUUACGUACACUGUUAAUUACGUACGUAAUUAACACUUAAUACUGACGAAACCACUCAGUAUUUGCUGCAAAAAAUAGCUAAAUGGGCUUCACGGAAUUGCAUGACUACUGGCCAACUUACUACUCAUUUGGAGUUGAGCCACCCGACUUUCGAAGUAAAUUUGUCCGGCACCCCCACUACCACCUACGAGCCGCCGCCUCUUCAUUGGUGACCUCCUGUCACUUGCUGUCCAUUCAGCCAUUAAGCUUAGUGAUGCAGUUGUCAUUGAGCAUUCUACCUCCGUGGUCCCCUAUGUCGCCUAGCUGGGACUCUGUCUCCUCGAGAUCUGCCACUAAGCUUACACAGAUUAAUAUCAAGAAAUAUGAAGUUCCCUGGCCUACACCGUUCCCUUCAUGUUAUUUCAGUCGGUACUAUCGCUCAUAUGUUGUCUCCGACUGCGGUCUCAUUUGUACUUAAAGUUCCAUGUUCCAAUGUGCUGUCCGAAAGUACUUAUAACUGACCAAAGGCACCUCUGAGCCUGGAUGUCUGUGCAUAUGCUUGUGGCUGGAAUUCAAAUCUGACUCAUCCACUCUCAGGGGAUCAGAUAGCAAGCAUGCGAGUACGUAGGUUAACCCGACGAUUAAGCACAAUACUGGGCGGCUUGGUGGCGAGCCUAACGAGAACAACCCGUCCGGCUUAAGCGAUUUUACUUGCGUCAAUUUUACUUCCAGCUUUGCCGAUAACCGCUUCGCUAUCGACACAGCAGGUGUCAACAUCCCAGAAACCUGUAGAUCUCAUCUCUGGUUCGCAUAAUGCAAGCAAAAUGGUAGAACGCAAGUAUCCAGAGGGAGGACGCGUUUACCUUCGCAGUGCUGAAUGACUCCCGCCAAACAUUGCACUGCUCCUGAUUUCUGCAAAAAAGUUAACUGUGCCAAUUCACAAGAUCCACCUUAUUCCAUCGAACCGUAGCCUAUAUGGUGGGUGGUUAACACCCUCGCAACAUCGCCUCCGCAAGCCAUCAUCAAUGUGUACAGACUGAAGUGACCUUGGUUGAUCACGCUGUCUAAAGUCUGCAUAUUCCGAAGAAGACGUUAUGCGAGGCAGGAUGGUAGUUUCGCCGCAUCAAAGUUCUCCUCGUCGUAGACUUUUUCAUGCCCAGGUAGGUUGUUCUCUUCUUAACUCCAGUGGUUCUGUUUUUUCUUGUUUGUAGCCCACAAGAGAUCAACAAAUUCUUUCGGUUACAGAGACAACAAGAUCUCCGCAUAUGAACCUAAGACCCUGGACAUAGGGGAUUUUAUUUAAUAUUUCGGCGUUAAUCACGACGGCUGCCCGGACAAAAAUGAACCGCAUGAUGCUCUGCUAUCACUGGGUUUCUAACUUUUUCACAUUACUGGCAACAUUAUAUGUUUCUCACACGCUAUGCUUCUUCAUGCACAAGAACGACCUUGAGAACUCAUGUGUCCGUGGUGUCCUCGCCAAUGGACGAUGAUAUAUCUGCGGAGGCUUAUUAGCCUAUUUGUGCCAAAUAUCAACACACUUAUUUUUAUUUUUUCGCAGUCUGCUAAAAUGAUACUCAAAGGCUGUGACACCUUGCUUGUUAACUUGAUCUCGGAGAAUUUUAUUUUCAGGAACGCACAUAAACCAGUCCUAUCAUAUAUAACGGAUAAAAUGGAGAAUUUUGAAAAAGGAGACGCGAUCGCUGGGACAAGAGCUUUAUUAGCCUGACGUUUCGAAUUACCACUCGAACCCAUCAUCAGAGACAAAAGCAGGUACGGGUAGUUCAUGCACAAGGGGCUGCAGUACUUAUAGGAUGCAGUCGUCAUGCUACCGCAUACCUAUUAACAUUCACGUCCCUCCCUUCAUCAGUGAUCGUUACACGUGGUGUGAUGGCUGUUUGAUGGCCGACGUUCGUGUCGUUAGUUGCUGCAAUUUCAUCAAGUGCGUUGGGUGUUGGUGUGAUGAUGGUUUAACUAUCUGACCCACCGACCCUGGAGUUGGGAAGUGUUCACUUGUGCGCUCCCCGAGUGGCUAAUUAUUGGCAAUGGAUAAUUUGCGAUUUGCCACUUCGCACUGACGCAGUUUUUUGAUAUUUACUGGAGGGAGAUAGCUAAAUGGCUGGUAAACGCUGCACCAUCACGGAUCCACCGAUUGCUUCUCGUUCCGAACUGAACAGCCCAGCUUGAUAUUUGUGAAUUCUUCUCUAUCCAACUUCCCUGACACAUUCGUUCAUGUCUAUCAGCUGUCACACCAUACGCGCACAUUUGUUUGGCUUACACUGACGACGUUAAGUCGUUGUGUGCUCAUUUAUUGAGAAAGGUGCAGGGGAUGUUGGACAUGAGAACUUUUUCGAAAAUGAAAGAUACCAAAUGAGUACAAGAAAGAAUACCUUUAUGCAUGUUUUGGCAAGACACCGUUGAAUUUAUAAUGGCGCCAAAAUCGAUAUAGAAAAUUCAUAGGCAGUAUGUUAUUACCGACAAGGACAAGGGAGACUGGAAUGGCCAUUUUUGGCUUAUUAGCCGUCGUCAGCCAGUCAUAUCCAACCCCGAAGUGUGGAACACCCGAGGCUCGAACUCGUGACCUGUUAGUUAGAAGUCCACUCCUCUAACCAUUGGGCCACGAGCCCGCUGCAUACUGCCUAUAUCAUGCGCCACUGUGCGGCUGCUGGUUGGGCCCGAGAGAGAGCCCGUAAGGCACAAGGGGACGAGUGAGUUCCGUAAGAACGAUCGGUGAGCGCCCCCUACCAUUAGAAAACGCAUACUAAUUAGGAAGCCAUUUUUGCUAAGUGAGGUUUUCAUAGACGGUUGAAAAGGAGUACAUUUAAACGCUUAAACCCUGACGUGCUUGUAAUAUCACGGUAUUAUGUCAUAAGAUGAUCAAUAUUACAACCACGGUUAACUAGCCCUUUCUAAUCAAAUGUGCACUUCUCAAUUUCGGCCAACAUUUCAUUAAAUCGGUCACUGGAAACCGCAGACAAAGCAUGCAUGAGAGUUUCCGCCUCCCUGAGGCUCAUUAUCACAGAUUGUCUCUCGCCCAAUCCAUAUUUUGGGGACUUACUUGUGCCUUCUUACGAUAAGGUUUUAGUAGAAAAUUCUUGUUCGUCCAUGGUCAGUUUUUGUUCCAGUGCAAAUGACGUACAAGCCAUGUCAAAAACCUCUUCAGACGACGUUCAUUGCCGUGUUAUUACUUCACAAAGACCGAGAGUUUCUCCUUAUCCCAAAGGGCAGGCUACAAAGUGUUUUGCGUGUUGAAAAACAACUUUCCAAAUUCUCAUCGACAGAUAGAGAUGUGCAAGCUGUUAUUCGAUAGGGCCACUUUAACAAUCUUUUUCCUGAUGAAGACGAAAUUUCGAGUUCCAGGUGUAUGCAUAGGUGAAGGGGGAGAGGGGUCGAGCACCGGAAAAUUUUGUUUAUUGUCCUGAGCUUUCAGACUCCUGCAGGAGUCCAGCGUCAGAGGUAGUAGCGGCAACAGAACAGACGACAGUUAUAGGAUAUAUAGGCCAAUCAUCGACCGACGGCGCGAGACUGGAGGUGACUACACAGGGCUCUGUACGCCGGCGACAGAUUGAUAAAUCCAUUGACCGAGUUCUCAUCCGAGGCCCAAGCUUCAAUCAAUUCUCGGCCUGUUUUUUUCCGGCGUGGGUGACUAUUUUGGUGGCUGCGAAGUUUAACUCGUGACCCAUUUCGUAGGUGUGGGCGCCACAGGGGAAAAUGCGUUGCCUCGUCGUACAGCCAGCUUAUGUUCGUGUAUGCGCGAUCCGAGCAUGCGUCCAGUCUGGCCUGUGUAGUUACAUGGAUGCGAUACACUACUCCAGAUUGCUCUUCAGGCUUUCACCGAUCUUUAAUUUUCAUGACCCUAUUGCGGAUGGUGGUUUUGGAGCGGUGUACAAUCCGAUACCUAGCUCCGCUUCAAUGCGCUCGGUCGCUUCUGAAACGUCCUUGUUGUAUGGCAGAGGAUGCCAUAUCGUAGGUGUUGUUGAUGCUCGAGUCCUCUGGGCGCGACCGCGUAGGAAGUGACUUAUGAAUGCUUUCGGAUAGCCAUCUUGCGCAAAUUGGUCGGUGAGAUAACGGGCCCCGUGUAUUCCUUUCUCCGGAUUCCUGCAAUUAGUUUGGAUCCGUUUGAAGAGCGUACUCACACAGCUUCGUUUGUUGACUACCAGAUGGUUGCUGUAAAAAAUGAGAAGCUGUGAGGUGUUCGUUGCCUUCCUUUAAAUCGUCGUUUCAAGUUCACUGUUAAGGUUCCGUCUGACAAGCACAUCCAGGAAGGGAAACUGUUGCACCUGUUCUUCUUCCCUCGUGAAUUUUACAUCAGGGAAGACUGCGUUAAGUAGGCUGUGGAAAUGUUGCAGCAUGUCCCCCUUUACGAUGACAAACGUGUCGUCUAAGUAACGGCGCCAAAAUACCGGCUCAUGUUGGAUGAAGGCCAUCUUUCCUGACUCCUCUCGGGUCAGUGCUUCUACUAAACCGGAGACCGGUGGGCCCAUUGUAGUUCCCUUGGAUUGUUCAUAAGUCUCUCCAGCAAAAGUGAAGAACGUUUGUUGGCAAAUUUCAAACAGCCUCAUGAGAUGUUCAAUUUUGAUCGUAUUCUGAGUCUCGUCGUACGCUUUUUCAAGUCUGUUUAUCGUAACUUAUAAGCAGGCCACAUGAUGAUUCUGUCAUCCCUCCUCAGUUCUCUCAUAGCUACUGACUCACCCUGUGAAAUACUCUGGGUUGGUCUGUGUGUCAUCAGCAAGAAGAUAACAUGUUGUCGGACAAAAUGUUUCUUGUCGUCGGCUGUUUCACUUCCCACGAGCAUAGCUUCCAGGGCGGCAAUGAGAUCGACAGGAUCAGAAUCUGCAGUAUUGAAACAAGUUUCAUGCUGAAGCACUCGUAGUUACUGCUCUGUUCGCUGCUUAGACGAGAGGUUGCGGACCAAGUUUGAACUUUCCGCGCCUUCUUGUUUUAGCUUAGUCUAUUUCCAUUUCAAAACUUCUUUCUUCUCGGCUUGCCUGCAGUGGGCCAGAGCGGAGAUCAUCUUCCCAAUAUCCGCGACGAUAGAAUCACCGAGAAUGUGGACAAACUGCCUUCUAUUCGCCUCGAUCUUAACCUUGUAUUUCUCCAAACACCGGGUACAGUCGUCGAUCACAACGCUCAUCAUCUGUUUAACAAACCGCCUCACAACGCCUCUUCCCAUAGCCGUGUUAACGGAAGCUUUAUAUCUCAAGCAUCGUGGGGUUAGUUCGUCUUUGAGAUAUCGGAGACAUCUUCACUUGCGCAUACACCUGGAACUCGAACUGUCGCCUUCAUUCGUGAAAAAUUCGGGUGCGAUGCGCUUCGGAGAGCUCAUAGCUGGGAGAUAUUCUCUGCACGAUAGGCAGUUGCGUUUUCUGCUCGACCCUUCUUCGUCUUCUUUUUCAUAAUUAUUUUCGAAUAUUUUUGAUUAUUCACCCUUUAUCUUACCCCUGCAUUGUGUCUAAUGAAAUAAGACCUGACAAGUGCUUUACUUGACUUACGUGCCGUUAAGCCCUGUUGAUUUCACGGUCACUAAUAACUGAAUAUGCUUCGCUACCCUUAAAAAUUCAGUAGCAUGCAUUGCACACUAUUUUACAUGAACUUCGCUGUCACCCAUGCCGUUUCGCGCGUGCCGUUACUGCUAGUCGCAGACGUCCACUCCGCAAAAAGCUACUCCUGCGUUCUCAUUAGUUUACCAAAUAGAAGUACGGCGAAUGCACUAUCUUUCCGUGAACCGACGGUGUAGCCCGUAGUGCAGUUUACCAGGGAAAGGUCAAUUCUUCGUGCUUGGUGCUCUUUAAGGGAAACUUCCGAGGGUAUGGAGGCAAAAUACAAGACUGGCCUUGAACGGUCUUGCCGAUAGAAGCGAAGAGGCAGGUUCCAGGAAACAGUUCCGAUAAUAACGAUGAUGGUGAUGAUGAAGAAGAAGAAGAAGAAGAAGAAGAAGAAGAUCGCUAGAUCAAAAAGUUUACUGCCCCGACGUUUCAGAUACUCACUCGAACCCAGCGAUCGAGGUAGCGGCGGAUGAGGGUAACGGACGCACAAGGGGCGCAGUAUUUAUAAGAUGCUAAAAUUGGCAACCGACCAUGGGCGGUGGAUGCGGUAUCUGCCAACUGUGAUAGGCAUUCGGCUGCAUGUCAACUGCAUUCUCCAAGUUCUGAGCCCGCUGUACAUCCAUAACCCUUAUCUGCGACUGUGUCUGAUGUUGGAUUCAUGUGAGAACCCGAAACGUCCGGCGAAGAGAAUGAAGCUUCCAGCGGCCACAUCCCUUUAUUUCUACACUCCUCGCGGACGUAAAUGUCGGAAGUUGCACCUAUACUCAUUAACGAAGACUCUUGCCACAGAUGAUGCAAUGCAGUUGACAUGCGCUGCAAAGUAAUUAAAGGUUUGCUCGUUCGUUUCCAUUGCGAUUUCAAACCCGUAGUCAUUCUCGAAAAAAAUGUCGAGCACGGUAGGCCUUAAGAGUCUCGGAGGUGCGUCGCAUGUUCAGUGGUCCUCCAUCUUAUCGGUGGCCGUUCCCACGGUAGGCGUCCACCGGACGUAGGGGCAUACUUGAGAUGGCAUGGGACGGAAGCGAGUACGCAGCACUGUUUCACCUCAUUUGUCGUGCGAAUGCCUCACAGGUGGUGUCCCCUCUCCGUGACGCUCGUCAUCAUCAUCAUCAUCAUCAUCAUCAUCAUCAUCAGACCUCACCAUAUGUGUUUAGUGCUCCAAACUUCCCAGUUCCAAAGAGAUGCUCCAGAGCCUAUCGCGAUUUGCUGCUCUGAAGCACUCGUCAGACCGGCGAGAGCGAUGUAGACGCUGGUCCUAAUUUCCCGGUAUUUUCACUGCAGUUGGCCAGCCACGAAGAUUAUGUCUGAAGUUCCACGGCGUCUUCGAAAUCCAUACCUCAUUUUCGAAAGACGCCUCUGCUUCAGAUGCGUGUUUAAGUAACUGAGUAAGACACAAGGCGAACAGUUUGCUUUCAGUUUUGAGAAGAAAGAUGCCAUUUGCAGUUAUAAUAUGACUGCCGGUUCCCCAUUGCACUUAUAAAUACGUAAAAACGUAGUGUCCUUAAAAACACCGAGAGCGUCAUCAUAUCCCUACCUGCUGGACAAAAGGUCUGAAAACGUGUACUAAUCAGCAAACCAUGGUCCUCGCAGCCUGGUAUGCGUUGGCACUUACCUGCGCUUGCACUUUCGCUGGGUAUACAGAUGGUGGGCAUGAUUGCCCAGUCAUAAUCCUCGUUCGUCUGACCCCUGUUGGAGUGUUACUUUUGUUGUUGUGGAAAAAUCCUGGUCAAGUGUCCCACCGAUGGUGUCUCCUUUUUCAUGACUGCUACCUGGGACUCGUCUCUUCGCUUCUAUUGGUCAAGUGUGUGUUGUGGAACAGGGGAUGUGGUGACAGGCCUAGGUGCGGCUCUGGCCGUGCCAGCCACCUGCGCCCUCCCCCGCCUCUGUUAUUCUCGACUCUGUCUUGACACCGGGUCUAGUUGGGGAGUGGGGGGAGAGAUAGUGUGGUAGAUGCUGCGCAAGUCUUUUACCACUAUAAACUAAUCAAUGCGCAAGUCACCGGGCCUGUUGCGCAUCAGCUUGUAACACAUGGUUGAUAUCGUCGAAAUCGACGGUCGAACUGACACCUGCUGAAACAGCAAAGCAAACAUUUCCAUGAGCUGUGGGCAGCUGGAAUAGCGUCGACUCCUGCCGCUUUUAGCUGACCAGCUGUUUCAAUCAUGGUGGGCAUGGUGGCUGUCCACUCGAGGAAGUUGGUUGAUGGUGUCCUCGCAUAUUGCCGUGAAAGUGCGCAAACCAAUGCUCCAAGAGCUGUGAUCUCUCCGUCAGGAGGGUUGUUUCAUCAGCAAUCGGCAGCGGCGCCCUGAUGGUCGCGAGGAAAUUCUUCAUCUCGCCACGGUCGCCAAAUCCCCGGGUCUUUUCAGUUUUGCGAGUCAGCCAGUCGUUCCUGCACUACCACCUGAAUGCGUACUCUAAAUUCAACCUAGCUUUUAAUGUUUUUUUAAGUUAACGGUUGAUUUUAUGAAACGUCAUAAAAGAGUUUAAAGACGUGAUCCGUAGGAAGCGAAGCCCAAACUGAAUGUCCCCAUCGUGCAUCUAGUUGGUUCGCAAGGCAUCUUAUGAUUUAUUAUCCGCCGCUGAGGACACAAUAACAUGGCACACACUCUAUCUUGUUAAAACGCCGCCCUAUGGAGAAUAGCACGACAAAGAGGUAGUUCUCUGAGAAACUGCUGCAAGUUUCAUGAUUCCGUUGGCCUCUGUCGUCGCAUGUUGAUCUCUAAGGGUCUGCAUAAGACCAUGUUAGACGUUGCAUCCAGCACGUCCGUGCUUCAAGAACCCCACCCUACCGAACAUUUUCCAUACCAAUUCGACGCUUUCAUGCACAGUCCUUCGACGUGCUCUUCUCAUUGCAUCAUACACUGACCCUAUUCAUUUAAAUUUGUUUUUUAUUGCUGGAGUCGUCGUACGUAUUGCGUAUACACUUAUGUCUUACGAGAAAAUGGACCAGUAAUAAUAGCCGAAACUCACAUAUGUGUUUCAAAAUUCUGACAGGAGCAAAGACCCGAGUUUCGAGAAACGCUUUAGAAGAAGAAGAAGAUGAUGAUGAUGAUGAUGAUGAUGAUGAUGAUGAUGAUGAUGAUGAUGAUGAUGAUGAUGAAGAAGAAGAAGAAGAAGAAGAAGAAGAAGAAAAAUCAAUCGCUGGAACAAGGAUUUUAUUCGCCUGA